AUGUCUGACGCCGAUAUCGAGGCCGUUCGACGGCUCCAAGCUGAGCGCAAUGCGGCUGCUGCUAGUCAGAAAGGCUCCAAGACCUUUGACAAAUCUUCCCAACGCACUGAUAACUCGACCAAAGCCUCCCUAACGGAAUCCUUCGACACAUUUUUGUACGAACGAGGUGGAGCUGAUAAGUUUUCGGGCUAUGAUACUUCGAUUGCUGUCGAUGGCGAUGAAGAAAUGGAGGAUGCGGAUGGAGGUCACAAUCUGGUUGGCCAAUACACUGCUACCAGAAGCCAGAUCGAUGAGAUGGCGCGCGGAACCGGCGUUGAGGAGGAGGAUAUUUUGCUAGGCCGUGAAAAGUCAGGGCGAAUCGCGGACCGCGAGACAGACUACCAAAAGCGCCGAUUCAACCGUGGCGCCCUUACCCCGACGCGCGCCGAUCCCUUCGCUGCCAAUGCCCACGCAAAUGUUGAAGGAGAAAGUCAAACCUACCGUGAGGUUAUGGCCCUCCGUGAGCUGGAUAGGGAAGAGGAGCGCGUGAAAAAGCUGAUCGCAGAGAAGCGCGAGAAGGGUGAAGACGUCACGGAGCACCAGGCUACCUUGAAGAUGGUGGAACACGACAAAGAAAAUGCUGAGGCCGGUUCGACCGUUGCGGUGGCUACCGAAAAAAAGCGAAAGAACCGAUGGGGCGAGCCUACUGCCGAAACAGGCAAAAGAUCGCGUUUCGAUAUGGCACCUGCUCCCGAAGAAGCACCCAAACCCGCCCCAUCGAGGUGGGACCUAGCGCCAUCUCUCACAGCUGCCACUCCCGUUGGCAAUCAAGGACUCGCCACUCCCAUCCAUCCAUCUCAAGCAGGGGCCGCUACACCUGCAGUCGGUUUGGGGGCUGAAGUCCCCGGUCAAUUUGUCGGCUGGUCUGAUGAAGACCUCGAUAUAAUGCUUCCCGGCGAGGCCGAUGGCUAUAAGGUCCUUGACCCUCCUCCCGGAUAUGAACCCAUCCGAACCCAGGCCCGCAGGCUCAUGGCCACGCCAGCACCCAUCCCUAGCGCCGGUGGUGUCGGAGGGUUCAUGAUGCAAGAGCCAGAAAGUGUUCAGUCUGUAGGAAAGGAUCUUCCCACUGAUAUCCCCGGUGUCGGCGAACUUCAAUUCUUCAAGGCGGAGGACAUGGCCUACUUCGGUAAGCUGAUGGAGGGUGGGGAUGAAACCAGCAUGACUGUGGAAGAAAUGAAGGAGCGAAAGAUCAUGAGGUUGCUGCUCAAGAUCAAGAACGGCACUCCGCCCAUGCGCAAAACUGCCCUCCGUCAAAUCACAGACAAUGCACGCGACUUUGACCAGGAGCGCCAUUUGCUGGUGAAGGUCAUUGAUCGAAUCCUCUACAAACUGGAUGAUCUGGUCCGCCCCUAUGUUCAUAAGAUCCUGGUUGUGAUCGAACCACUUCUCAUCGAUCAAGACUACUAUGCUCGCGUUGAAGGUCGAGAGAUUAUCUCGAACCUUGCCAAGGCCGCCGGCCUUGCUACAAUGAUCAGUACUAUGCGUCCUGAUAUUGACCACGCUGAUGAAUAUGUGCGAAACACGACAGCACGCGCUUUCGCCGUUGUGGCCUCUGCCCUCGGUAUUCCCGCCCUCCUUCCUUUCCUCCGUGCUGUCUGCCGCAGUAAGAAGUCAUGGCAGGCCCGACACACCGGUGUCAAGAUCGUCCAGCAUAUCCCUAUUCUCAUGGGUUGCGCUAUUCUCCCUCAUCUAAAGGAGCUGGUUGGAUGCGUUGCAGCUAACCUCAGUGAUGAACAAGCUAAGGUUCGGACUGUCACUGCUCUAUCUCUGGCCUCUCUGGCUGAGGCUGCAAACCCAUAUGGUAUCGAAAGUUUCGAUGACAUCCUCAGCCCUCUCUGGACCGGUGCCCGCAAGCAGCGUGGCAAGGGUCUCUCUGCCUUCCUUAAGGCUGUCGGCUAUAUCAUUCCUCUUAUGGACGAAGAGUAUGCCAACUACUACACCACUCAAAUCAUGGAGAUCCUUAUUCGAGAAUUCGCCUCGCCAGACGAGGAAAUGAAGAAGGUUGUCUUGAAGGUGGUUUCUCAAUGUGCAAGCACUCCAGGUGUGACUGCCAGCUACUUGAAGGAGCACGUCUUGACGGAGUUCUUCAAGGGCUUCUGGAUGCGACGUAUGGCGCUCGAUCGACGAAACUACCGCCAGGUAGUCGAUACCACAGUGGACCUGGGCCAGAAAGUGGGCGUUGGCGAGAUUCUCGAGCGCGUCGUCAACAACUUGAAGGACGAAAGCGAGCCAUAUCGCAAGAUGACUGUGGAAACGGUCGAGAAAUUGAUUGCAGCACUUGGAGCCGCUGACAUCUCUGAGAGGCUGGAAGAACGCCUCAUUGAUGGUGUCCUCUUCGCCUUCCAGGAACAAAGCAUCGAAGACGUUAUCAUUCUUAAUGGAUUCGGCACGGUGGUAAAUGCACUUGGCACACGAUGCAAGGCAUAUAUCCCUCAGAUUGUCAGUACUAUUCUUUGGCGUCUGAAUAACAAGUCCCCCACUGUUCGACAACAGGCGGCCGACCUUAUCUCCCGCGUUGCGCUGGUGAUGAAGCAGUGUGACGAGGAGGCGCUCAUGGGCAAGCUUGGUAUUGUGCUCUACGAAUACCUGGGUGAAGAAUAUCCCGAGGUUCUAGGCUCAAUUCUGGGCGCUUUGCGUGCCAUCGUCACCGUGGUCGGUAUCACCCAGAUGCAGCCACCCAUUCGCGACCUUCUUCCUCGACUUACCCCCAUUCUGCGCAACCGUCACGAAAAGGUGCAGGAGAACACAAUUGAUCUCGUCGGUCGUAUUGCCGACCGUGGUCCCGAGUCCGUGAAUGCCCGUGAAUGGAUGCGUAUCUGCUUCGAGCUGAUGGAUAUGCUGAAGGCUCACAAGAAGGGAAUUCGCCGGGCGGCCAACAACACAUUCGGUUUCAUUGCCAAGGCCAUUGGUCCUCAGGAUGUCCUGGCCGCUCUUCUUGGUAACUUGCGAGUGCAAGAGCGUCAGUCGCGUGUUUGCACAGCUGUCGCCAUCGGUAUCGUGGCUGAAACUUGUGCGCCGUUCACUGUACUCCCGGCACUAAUGAAUGAAUACCGGGUGCCUGAUCUCAACGUGCAAAAUGGUGUGCUCAAGGCCUUGUCCUUCUUGUUCGAGUACAUCGGCGAGAUGGGCAAGGAUUAUGUCUACGCUGUCACGCCGCUGCUGGAGGAUGCCCUUGUCGACCGUGACCAAGUCCACCGGCAGACCGCUGCCAGCGCGGUCAAGCACGUCGCACUCGGUGUUAUCGGUCUUGGUUGCGAGGACGCUAUGGUCCAUCUGCUUAACCUCCUUUUCCCCAACAUCUUCGAGACCAGUCCCCACGUCAUCGAUCGAGUCAUUGAAGCCAUCGAAGCCAUCCGCAUGGCGGUCGGCACUGGUAUCGUUAUGAACUACGUUUGGGCUGGCUUGUUCCACCCUGCUCGGAAGGUCCGCACGCCUUACUGGAGACUAUACAACGAUGCCUAUGUCCAAGGAGCCGAUGCGAUGAUUCCUUACUACCCGGACAUGGAGGGCGACGUGGGCCGACCGGAACUGUCCAUCAUUGUCUAA